AUGGCUCAAGAGUCACCGUCAGAAAAAUCUAUUAGCCUUAGUUUAACUGCUCGAUAUGCACCCUCAUGGAAGACUUGGGAAGGAAUCCGUGAAGUUGUCCAAAACUGGCACGAUGGGGUGUAUUUCUCGCUGGAGAAACUGAGAGCCGUAUCGAAUUCAAGAUUGGCCUUUCACCAUACGAAAGAAAAAGAUUCACUCUCGUAUAAAGCAAUUUUAACAGCUGAAAAUUGCCUAAAAUUAGAAAGGAAAGCAGCAGAAGACAUAGACUCAGAUGAUCAAGAAGUGAGUGGAAGGAAUCAAACGCGAAAACCUGAUCAUCAAACCUUCGAUUCUUCAGUAACUGACAACAGAGCCAGAGGCGAUGACAGGGAAGGCUGGGACAUUGAACUGGGACGAAUAGAUUAUAAUCCAACCAGACAAAAACUCACCUUGAUAAACCAUGACACAGAGCUUAUGAGGAAAGUGUUGCUUCUUGGGUUCUCAAAGAAAGCUUCAAACAAAGAAGUGAUUGGACAGUUUGGAGAAGGACUGAAAGUUGGUGCACUGGCUUUAGUGAGAGAAGGAAGAGUGGUUACCAUGAAGACUGGUAAAGAGCGGUGGAGAUUUGGAUUAUCUCACGAUGAGACGUUUGACGAAGAAGUUCUGACAGUAUUUGUUGAUGGCAGGUGGAAGGAAAGUAACAAUGAUGAUGAUGACGACAAUGACGACCAACAUGACAAGUAUAAUGACAAUUACGAGACAAACCUCGAACAGAUGAACACAUCUGUGACUGUCUUUCCUCUCUGUCGUGAGGACUGGGAAGUUUACCUAAAGCGGUUCCUCUUUCUUAGCCCGCCUACAGACUCUGUUAAGUCUGUGGCAGGAACUUUGCUUUUAGGUGAUCAUUACAAAGGUCAACUUUAUGUCAAAGGUGUCUGGGUGUCGGACCUUUCUAAGGAUGGAUUAGCAUCAGGAGUUGACUUUGUUCACCUCAGGAUUGAUAGGGAUAGAAGAGCUGUCAUUCAUCUCAGUGACAUUGAUCAUCAGAUAAGCAGCAUGUGGAUACAGGCAAUACAAGAAAGACCAGAUCUGAUUCCAUACUAUUAUAGCCUCUUGGAGGAGAACAAAACUUGUGAUGUGCGUCAUGCAGACUUUUACCUUAGUGAGACAUCUUCCUCGCUUCUAGCACAACACUUCUUUGCUGUUCAUGGAUCUAUGGCAUAUCCUGUACCAAACACAGUUUCAUCAGAUUUACUGACAGAAAUAAAAAGGGAAAUUAGUAAAAAACUGGUGAUGUGCAAUGAGGUCUUGAUUCAAGUGUUAUACAAGUCUGGUGUAGUGGAACCCCUGGAGACCAUUAUGUCAAAGGCUUCGACAAAGAAAUCAGCUAUUGUUCCUUUUGCAGAAUUGACUCCAGAAGAAAUUGAUGUUCUGCAGCAUGUUGAAAAGCUUAUGAAGUUGUGCAAGCCAGAAUUCUGCAUGGCUACUAUAGAUAUUUUAGAAUCUUCAGGAACUGCAAGUGUUAUAAAUUCAAAGGAUCUUGGUCAUUAUGACAUUCCACGCACUUUGUUGAGUGGCAAGAUAGAUCACCAUUGUGAAACACAUCAAAGGAAGUGUUUUUGCAGAGAAGCUUUGAUUGUGUUUAACAUCUUGUCUCUGCAAUCAGACAAGCUGGUACAAGGUAAGUUCAUUAAAUGAAAAGCAGAGAAAUCCAGCUCUGAACCCUCAGGGUGAAGAUUGAGAAACUAAGGCCUAUGAUGCAUCUGCUUAACUUUAACUCUUUACACCCUAACAUCAUUAUGCAUAUUCUCCAAACUGUUUACUGUACAUUUUCUAAGGUGCUGACAGGGAGAAUUUGUUUAAAAAUCAAGAGUUUCUUUAUUCGGUGAUCAUUUCCUUUAUUCUCAAAACCUUAAUGUUUGAUUCAGAGGUGAUGUUGUGAGGAGAAAUUAGGUGUUAAUCACUCUUGGGGGUUAAAGGGUUAAGGAGUUAAUCGGCAAGCUGAGUGGCCCAUCUUGCCUGGAGCCAGUCUGGUUUCUUGAGAUGAUUCAUGAGAUGAUUGAGUGCUAAUCCCUGAUAUGUUUUCACCUUCUCUUGCACAGCAUUUUGAAUAUGUUUACAGUUGAUAAUUGAAUAAAUAGGGAUUUAGGAGAGCUCUUCAGGGUGACUGGAAAAACCCCUGUUGCAUGGAUGAACUUGAUCCACAUUUGACAUCAUGUGUAGGAGCUAAACCUUUUCUACCAUCCCUACCCCCCUGGUGGUUCCUGGUGGCGAAUAAAGAGUCUUGCUCAAGUAGAAUAUACAAUGUGCAAACAAGGGUCUUGUUCCUCUUGACUGAGAGAGGGGCAUGAUUAUUACCCCCCUCUCCUUGUGAACCAACAUAUAAGAUAUUUUAUUAUACAUUGGACUUUCUAUGGAAAUCUCUGAUCAGUCAAUAGCCUAUGUGUGGCAGUACCCUCCUACCCUCCUACCCUAAGGAGGAAUGAUUUGUGUCAAGUUUUCAUAUUUCUCCCGGGGGGGGGGGGGCAGGAGACAGCUACACAUAAGCUAAGUGUUCUAGAUCAUUCAGUCAAUAUACAAUAGCAUGUGUAGUUGACAUGGUAACUGAAUAUCUGCAGCAGCAGUUAUUGGGUUAUCAUGUCCAGUUCAAAAGUCUGCCUAGUUUCCAAGCCCUUUGUUCAUGCAGUGUUCUCAAACUUUUGCUAUCUCACAGAUUGCAGAUUGUUUGAAAAUAAAUGUAUAAUAAAAUAAUAAUUGAAUUCAGUUUUCACAUUGUGUCAUGAGUUAUCAAACCUUGCGUCUAUAUUAUCUGCCUCAGACUUCAGCUUCAGCUGAUAAUUCAGACCUUGGCACUGAUAAUUCAUAAUAUCAUGCCCAACCUCACCCUAUAGUUGCUUCUUCACUGUGCUUAUUUAUUUACUUAUUUUUGUCAUAUUUUUCUUGCAGCUGGAAAUAGGCCAUCAAACGACUGCAAUGACAGUUUCGUCAAACUGUUGGCAUCAUUAUCAAUGCAGGUUUGCGAACUGAACCCUCCAUUUUGCCAAGAUUUGCAUGAAGUUCCACAAUCCAUGCAAACGUCCCUAAACUUGUCAGUGAUCAAGAAGAGAGAAGAGACUCUGCAGGUAUUAGUGUCCAAAGAGAUGACAUUGCAUAAUGAGAAGUUGAAAUUGGAACAUAAGCCAAUUGGCUAUUUCUACCACAGCUUGUUACAAAAUCCAUAACAUGAAUGAAAGGAAAAGCAGAAAUUAUUACUCCCUGUAGGUGUGAUGCCAGUACAUAGCAGGUUACAGGGAGCCCAGUAAUUCAAUAGCUUUCCUGGCCUAACUGUUGAUACUCUUGGGUCAAGACCGUUUUUUUAAACUUGCCUUGUGUAACAAGAAUUAAAACUUUGUUUACAUUUCAGAAAGAGAAGGAUUUUCUGAGUGCACAGCUUUCUGAAAGAGAUACAAGCCAUGCUCAGGAGCUCAUGAAACUUCAGUCAAAGAUUUCUGCCCUUGAGAAAGACCUGGUACUUCAACAAGUAAACUUGGUCAAUGUCGAACAGGAGAUCAGUGAGAGAUGGAAGAAAUCUCUACAAGACUUGCGCAUGGAAAUGUCUAACAAAACAACUGAUCUUGAAAGAGACAAGAUCUUCUACCAGGAAAGGUUAGCAGCUGCAGAGGAAGACGUGAAGAACCAGGAAAAGGCACACUCUCAUAAAGUAAGCAUUUUAAACGACAGGAAUGAUAUUCUGCGGAAAAGACUUGCUGAUAAGUUUGAGAGGCUCUCCAAGGUUGUGAUGGCUUCUAAGGAUGCUGAUAACUCCAUUGUUGAAAUCUUGAAAUCAGCAACUAAAGAGAUGGAGGAAAUGUGGUUUCAAAAGGACAAUUGCAUUAUAUGCACUCUUGAGAAACCAAACUGUGUAGUCAUUCCUUGUCGUCAUCAGAUCACUUGUUUUAAGUGCACUUCACUCUUGGAGAAGUGUUCAUAUUGCAGAGGGCCCAUAGAGCAAAAACUUCUCACUUAUAGUUUGUAG